AUGUUAGAAUUGGAAGCUAAAUUUAUAAAAGUGGGUUCAACAUUUAAUGAACAUUAUUUUGCCGUUAUUCUUGAAACUAUUUUAGCCGGUCAUGAAAGUUGGGUUUAUGGGGUGUCUUGGAGUCCUGAAAAUUAUUCCAAUCUUUCUCAAGAAAUUUCACGUAAUGAAAGGGCAGAAAUAACGGGAAUUCCAAAAAAUAAAAAUUUAAAAUUGUUAUCAUCUUCUAUGGAUAAAACAUUAAUUAUUUGGGCACCUAAUGAAUCAGGACUUUGGGCUGAAGAAGUUAGAGUCGGUGAAGUAGGAGGAAAUAUGCUGGGAUUUUAUGGAGGCAAGUUUGGUCCAAAUGGUAAAUCUAUUCUGGGGCAUGGCUAUCAAGGUUCUUUUCACAUUUGGUCUUAUAACUCGGAAUCCAAUAAUUGGGAACCAAAAGUUGUUGUUGGUGGUCAUACAUCUGAAGUCUCCGAUUUAGCUUGGGACGUUAAGGGUAAUUAUAUUUUAACUGUAGGAAAUGAUCAAACGACGAGGUUACAUGCACCUUGGGUUAGAAGUCAUAGUAAAGAAAUCACCUGGCACGAAAUUGCCAGACCUCAAAUACACGGAUAUGAUUUGUUCUGCCUUGCGAUGUUAUCCGAAUAUAAAUUUGUAUCGGGAGCUGAAGAAAAAGUUAUACGAGCAUUUACUGCACCAAAUAAUUUUAUUGAAAAUUUUAAAAGAAUUUGUGAUGUGCAAAUGGAUACGAAUGAAAUAAAAGCUGAAGGAAUUCCACAAGGAGCUGCUGUUCCUGCUCUUGGUCUCUCUAACAAACCAGUUUUUGAGCAAAUGAAAAAAGAAGGAUUUUUAGUUGACGAUGAAUAUCCCGAUUUAUAUUUCUCUCCAAUACAUUUAAAUAAACCUCCUACAGAAGAAAAUUUAAUGCAAAAUACACUUUGGCCCGAAGCUCAAAAACUUUACGGACAUGGAUAUGAAAUUUACAGCUUAGCUACUAGAAAAGAUGGCAUCGUUUUGGCUUCCUCAUGUAAAGCAACUACUCCAGAACAUGCUGCUAUAAUUUUGUGGAAUGCUAAAACCUGGCUUCAAAUUCAAAAAUUAAUUGCACACCAAUUGACUGUAACUCAAAUGAGUUUUUCCCCUGAUGGAAAACAAUUAUUAUCAGUAUCUAGAGAUAGAAGAUGGUGCUUAUUUGGGGUUAAAGAAGAUGGUAAAACAUAUGAAUUAUUAGCUGCAUCUGAUGUUAAAAACAAUUUACAUUCUAGAGUGAUUUGGUGCUGUGCAUGGACGAUAGAUUCUUUGAGGUUUGCAACGGGAUCUAGAGAUGGGAAAAUUGGAAUAUGGACGCCAAUUAAAUCAGAUGAUGGUUUAAAUGUUACCGUUACUAGCGUUGCAAAUUUAGAGUUAUCAAAAGAAUGUGUAACUGCACUGGCGUUUGCUCCUAUUUUAAAAAAUGGUUUUCAUAUUUUAGCCAUCGGUUUAGAAAAGGGAAUCAUUUUAUUGUACCGAUAUUUAGAUUCUAUUUUAGAAAAUCUGAACAUUAUAUUUCAAGGGAAUUUAGGACAUGAUUUAGCAGUUAAAAGAUUAGUUUUUCGUCCGAAAGUGGGUAGAACUGGUGACAAAAAAUCGGAUAGUGAUAAAAAUGUACUUCAGCUGGCAUCUUGUGGCUCUGAUCAUAUUGUAAAAAUUUUCGAUUUAUUUUUGGAUCCUAUAUGA